ACGCCUCGCCAUUUUUCUGUCGUCUUCCCGUGGAUAAGGCCAGCCAUUUUCGUCCCAAGAAAGGCAUUGCGGCACGCGACCGGCGUGGAGUAAUUCGAUCCGGCAAGUAAAAGGAAAGAAAAGAAAAGGGGUGUAAAGACCGGCCGCGUUACCCACAGAAUCUACGGCAGAAGGAAGGCGAGACAGCGACGCAACCUGAGUUGGAAGGUUUGGCCUUUUCCUUGGAAAGGGACGGGGCCGCGGCGAACCGGGACGGCAAGAACACGGUGGCCAGUUCUUGGCAGGCGGAGAGAGAUAUUAUCCUAUCACCUACCCGGGCCUAUAAGAAGACCGGGGGUGGGAGGAGGAGAGCUCCCUCUCUCUCCACCCACAAGUUCUUCUCUUUGGUUCUGUCUGCUCCGGUGAUUCGUUCAGGGUUUUGGUGUUGAGUUGAGGACGAUUUGGGGUUUCGGAAAGGUGAGUGAAACAAAUGGGGAUUGGGAAUGGAUCAGCGAGUGAUGUGCAGUACGCAUCACACAAAGCAAUGCAAGAUGAGACUGUGCCACUUCUCCCAAUCAAGACGGAAGAGGAGGACACCAUCCAUGAGUUCAAUGGAGCCUCUUUCUCUGGUGCGGUGUUCAAUCUGUCAACAACCAUUGUAGGGGCUGGAAUCAUGGCUCUGCCAGCAAGUAUCAAGAUGCUAGGCCUUAUCCCUGGUAUUCUGAUGAUCAUCCUUGUGGCGUUGCUCACUGAGGCAUCCAUUGACAUGCUGGUCAGGUGCAGCCACCAGGGCAAGAUUACAUCCUACGGGUGGCUGAUGGGUGACACUUUUGGACUAUGGGGGAGGAUUGCGCUGCAAGCAUCUGUGGUGAUAAACAACAUUGGCGUGUUGAUAGUAUACAUGAUUAUAAUCGGCGACGUCCUAUCAGGAACAUCAACAACAGGUGUUCACCACAGUGGCAUCUUUGAGGGGUGGUUUGGACCUCAUGUAUGGAAUUCUCGUCCCGUUGUUCUCCUUGCUACAACUCUUCUUGUGUUUGCUCCAUUGGUGAGCUUUAAGCGUUUGGAUUCGUUGAGAUACACAUCUGCGCUAUCAGUUGCUCUUGCUGUGGUAUUUGUUGUCAUCACUGCUGGAGUUGCUAUUGUCAGACUCAUUGAAGGAUCUGUGGAGAUACCCAAACUCUUUCCUGAGAUAGAUGGAAUUAAUUCUGUCUUGAAAUUGUUCACGGCUGUGCCUGUACUUGUUACUGCCUAUAUUUGCCACUACAAUGUUCACAGCAUCGACAAUGAGCUGGAGGACAGAACUCAGAUUAAACCCAUUGUGCAAACCUCACUGGGACUAUGCUCGAGUGUUUACAUUGCAACGAGCUUCUUCGCAUAUCUCCUCUUUGGUGAGGCAACCCUGGCCGAUGUGCUCGCCAAUUUUGACUCCGACCUUCGCAUUCCGUUCAGCUCUGUCUUCAAUGACAUAGUGAGAGUGAGCUAUGUGGUCCAUGUCAUGCUCGUCUUUCCUAUAGUCUUCUUUGCCCUUAGACUUAACUUGGAUGGUCUGCUCUUCCCCACCUCAAGGCACAUUUCUCGUGACAACCGAAGGUUCACCAUUAUAACUGUCUCACUCAUCGCUGUGAUUUAUUUUGCUGCCAUCUUCGUACCGAGCAUCUGGGAUGCAUUCCAAUUCACUGGGGCCACAGCUGCUGUGCUUAUUGGUUUCAUCUUUCCUGCCAUGAUUAUACUCAGGGAUCCUUAUGGCGUAUCAACCAAGCGCGACAAGGUUUUGGCUGUAACCAUGAUUGUGCUUGCUGUGGUCUCGAAUUCUGUGGCCAUAUACAGCGAUGCGCUUAACAUCUUUUACAGGAAAGAGGAAGCCUAGAGUCCGUACCUCAAGGGAAAGAACUUGUAUGUACAGUUAAGAGUGAUUAUUACGCAGCGACCCAAUAUGAUUUCAUGGAGGCCAGUAAUUUUUGUUUUGGUCACUUGAAAGGAUUUGGUUUGCUGCAUUCGUCUGUUUGCUCAGCAUAAGCUGGUUCAACACCUAGAUGAGCCGUUUGUGAUAUGAUCGCCCGUGAUUGUAUCCAUGGCAGAAAGAAAACUUUUUUUGUUUGCUGUAGUUGUUUAUUCGGUCAUCUUGAAACGUAUGGCCUGAAAAGUAUGUGUAUAAACUAGAAACAAUAAUGCAACUGUUGUAACUUGUACUCC